UUUUUUUCAUCCCCUAUAAAUUGAAGACACCUUUGAGAUAUCUAUCAAGAUCAGCACAUAACACAUAUGAGCAUAAUUAAUUACUAAAAAAAGCUUGUUCGUCAUGGCCGUGAGUAGUUCUUUAGGUGUGAAAUGUCUUGGGUUUAUUGUGAUUACGGUGAUGGUUGUAGCCACACAAGUGGAAAGUGCCAUAACUUGUUCGGAAGUGAAUAAGAGCCUUUCUCCAUGCCUGAACUACCUUAAGAGCGGUGGUUCUGUCUCGACGGAGUGCUGCAACGCGGUUAAGACGAUGAACAUCCAGGCCAACACGUCGCCCAACCUCAAGUCCAUCUGCAACUGCUUGAAAUCUGCCUAUUACAGCAUCAAAGGUAUCAACCUCAAUCUUGCCGCGGGACUGCCCGCCAAAUGCAACACUAAAACUUCUUACCCGAUCAGUCUCUCCGUCAAUUGCACCAUUUUGCAGUGAGUUUGCAUGGCUGAAGCGCGUAUAAUCAUGAUUUCAAGCAUAUAAAUAUAUAUUUAUAGCAUCAUUGGAGAAUAAAGCGUGUGGGUGUUUAUAUAUCCACAAGUACAUGAAACUCCAUCCUAUAUGAGUACGUAAUGGAGUUAUUCUAAACAAUCUUUAUUUUUUAUUAUUAUCAUUUGUUAGUAGUCACGGUUAUAUAUCUGUUUUAGAUUAUAUAUAUAAAUAUUGAUAAUUAAUAAAUAAAAAAGCUGGCCAAAUAUAAACAGGCAGGUUUUCUUAAA